CAAAGAGAAAGAACACACGAAAUACAGCCAGGACGAGUGCGCGCAAGGGUAGAGAAAAGGCGCAUGUGUGAUAAGUGUGUAUUUGUAGACACAGCCCACCGCUGUCGCGCUCCCCCCAUCUUGCAUGUGGACCAUCUACCGCCGGACGGAGUCGCACCAGGGUUCGUGCCACUGCAGGGAAAAACCCCGGCAAGAAUGGAUUUCUAACAUCGUUUCUCCUUUCUGCCCUUUACCCAACUGGCGUCAUCCUCAAUGUCUCUCACAAUUUUUAACUAACAAAAUGAGGAUUUCUUGUAAUCAGCUUUUACUGCUAUUCUCUUGCGUUUUGGGACUCACUAUGGGUGCUUUUCCGAGCAGCGUUCAAAUCGGCGGGCUGUUCAUCAGGAACACAGAUCAGGAGUACACUGCCUUUCGCUUGGCUAUUUUUCUUCACAACACAAGCCCCAAUGCAUCGGAGGCCCCCUUCAACCUGGUACCCCAUGUGGACAACAUUGAGACGGCCAACAGCUUCGCCGUGACCAAUGCUUUUUGCUCGCAGUACUCACGAGGCGUGUUCGCCAUCUUCGGCCUGUACGACAAGCGUUCGGUUCACACGCUAACGUCCUUCUGCGGCGCUUUGCACAUCUCCCUCAUCACUCCCAGUUUCCCCACCGAAGGCGAGAGCCAGUUCGUCUUACAGCUGCGGCCCUCCAUACGUGGGGCUCUUCUCAGCCUGCUCGACCACUACGACUGGAACCGAUUCGUCUUCCUCUACGACACUGAUAGGGGGUAUUCGAUACUGCAGGCCAUUAUGGAAAAGGCGGGGCAGAACGGUUGGCAGGUCAGCGCCAUAUGCGUCGAGAACUUUAAUGACGCUAGUUACCGCCAGCUUCUGGAAGACUUGGACCGAAGACAGGAGAAGACGUUCGUGAUCGACCUAGAGGCUGAGAGACUCAGUAACAUGCUGGAACAGAUUGUGAGCGUCGGCAAGCACGUCAAAGGCUACCAUUACAUCAUGGCAAAUUUGGGUUUUAAGGACAUCAAUCUAGAACGUUUCAUGCAUGGGGGAGCCAAUGUGACAGGCUUUCAGUUGGUGGACUUCAGCAAUCCCAUGGUUAUUAAACUCAUGCAACGCUGGAACAAGCUGGACCAGCGAGAGUACCCCGGCUCUGACAUGCCUCCCAAGUACACGUCUGCACUGACAUAUGAUGGCGUGAUGGUGAUGGCAGAAGCCUUCCGGAACCUCCGCAGGCAGAAGGUGGACAUCUCCCGCAGGGGCAACGCCGGAGACUGCCUGGCCAACCCCGCGGCACCCUGGAACCAGGGCAUCGACAUGGAGCGCACGCUCAAACAGGUGCGCCUUCAGGGAUUAACUGGAAAUGUUCAGUUCGACCACUACGGGCGCAGGGUCAACUACACGAUGGAUGUCUUCGAAUUGAAAAGCAACGGCCCUAGAAGGAUCGGCUAUUGGAACGAUGCUGAUAAAUUGGUUCUGACCCAGGAUCAAGCCUUGCUUCCUAAUGAAACGUCUGGCAUGGAGAACAGAACUGUAAUCGUGACUACUAUUAUGGAAGGGCCGUAUGUGAUGCUCAAGAAGAACUGGGAGAUGUUCGAGGGAAAUGAACAGUUUGAGGGAUACUGCGUGGAUCUGGCAUCCGAAAUCGCCAAACACAUCGGCAUCAAGUACAAGAUCUCCAUCGUGCCAGAUGGAAAGUACGGAGCUCGGGACCCAGAGACGAAGAUCUGGAACGGCAUGGUUGGGGAGCUGGUGUACGGGAAAGCGGAAAUCGCUGUGGCCCCAUUGACUAUAACUCUGGUCCGGGAGGAGGUUAUUGACUUCUCAAAGCCCUUUAUGAGCUUGGGCAUCUCCAUCAUGAUCAAGAAACCUCAGAAGUCCAAGCCGGGCGUCUUCUCCUUCCUGGACCCGUUGGCCUACGAGAUCUGGAUGUGCAUCGUGUUCGCCUACAUCGGCGUGAGCGUGGUGCUCUUCCUGGUCAGCCGCUUCAGCCCGUACGAGUGGCACACCGAGGAACCGGAAGAGGGUACCGACGGUCCGCCCAGUGACCAGCCCCCCAAUGAGUUCGGCAUCUUCAACAGUCUCUGGUUCUCCCUGGGAGCCUUCAUGCAGCAGGGAUGUGACAUCUCACCCAGGUCUCUCUCUGGACGGAUCGUGGGUGGAGUGUGGUGGUUUUUCACCCUCAUCAUCAUCUCCUCCUACACGGCCAACCUGGCUGCUUUCCUCACGGUGGAGAGGAUGGUGUCACCCAUUGAGAGCGCUGAGGAUCUUGCCAAGCAGACAGACAUAGCGUAUGGUACUCUAGACUCGGGCUCCACCAAAGAGUUCUUUAGGAGGUCAAAGAUCGCCGUUUACGAGAAAAUGUGGAGCUACAUGAAGUCAGCCGAGCCCACGGUGUUCACCAAGACCACAGGGGAGGGUGUGGCGCGGGUCCGAAAGUCCAAAGGGAAGUACGCCUUCCUGCUGGAGUCCACUAUGAACGAGUACACGGAACAGCGCAAACCCUGCGACACCAUGAAAGUCGGCGGCAACCUAGACUCCAAAGGCUAUGGGGUGGCCACGCCCAAGGGCUCACAGUUAAGAACCCCCGUAAACCUUGCCGUUUUGAAACUGAGUGAAUCAGGCAUCUUAGACAAGCUGAAAAACAAAUGGUGGUACGAUAAGGGCGAGUGUGGACCCAAGGACUCGGGAAGUAAGGACAAGAGCUCACAGGCCCUAAGCCUCAGUAAUGUGGCCGGGGUCUUCUACAUUCUGGUCGGCGGCCUGGGUCUGGCCAUGCUGGUGGCCCUCAUCGAGUUCUGCUACAAGUCCCGAAACGAGGCCAAGAGAAUGAAGCUCACCUUCACCGAAGCCAUGCGGAACAAGGCGCGCCUGUCUAUUACAGGGAGCGUGGGUGAGAAUGGGCGCGUCCUGAGCCCCGACUGCCCGAAGGCCGUCCAUUCUGGCCCCUCCCUGCGACAGACCUCCGGACUGGCUCUGGUGUCGUCUGACUUACCGUGAAAACCAAAAACUUUCAAGUGCCUUAAACUCCACAAAAACCGCAAACGGACAUCAGAAAACCAACCCUACAGCAAUGACGCCAACACGCUGAGCAAUCGUGCUGACAAGGAAAAAUCACAGAUUUCAAAGAAAGGAACCGGGGAGCUUCACACGCUGAGUCCCCGGGGUGCCACCACAGCAUAUAUGAAGGACGGUUAUACCACAGACAGUGAGACUUGUGCGUUUUUGUAAUUUAUGUUCAAAGAACUUGCGCUCAGAACUGCCGCCUCUCUCGGCGAAGCAGACGAAUGGAAAGACAGGAAUCACAACAAACAAACUUUUUUUGGCAAAAAGAUGAGCAAAUCUGCUCAUUCUAAAACUCUGCCAUAAACCUUGCCAAACCGGAACGCUGGUCAAAAUACAACUAACUCAACAUCUAUAGCUAAAACGGGCAUUUAUUUGCCUAAAAGGGUAUUAUUAACACGGAUAAUAACAGUGAUAUACUGCGUAAAACUUAAACUGUGAAGAAGAGUAUAUAUAUAUUCUAUAAAAUCAUACCUUAAUAAAUUAUUUAAAUUUUUUGUAAAUAGAAGACUGUACAUCUCGCUUGCUUUUUAAAAAAAAUGUAAAUAGUAGAUUCUGUAGUGGACAGAGUGUAAGUCACUUUUUAAACCAUCUUUAGAAAAGGAUUAAUCGCAAUAACGGUUAGACAACGCUAAAGAAACAUUAAAACAAAAAAGAUUUGAUAUAUGUAGAUGUAAACUUCUAUGGAUUUAAUGACAUGGUCAAGUUAUCAGUGCCAGUGACCUAUGCGCUCAUGAUUUUUGGGAAUGUGGCACACCGCUCUUUCCCAAGCCAUGCCCUGCAUAAUCACUGUGCAGUUGUAGACCAUGGUACCCUCUAGACUGUUUUAUUUUAUUUUUCACAGAAACAGAUUUUAUUUUUGAUUUAUGUGAUAUUGAAAAUAUUGAAGAAUAGCAUAAUGAAAAAAUUUGUCCACUCAUUUUAGAGCAAACAUGUUUUAAAUAAAGAAGUUCAAUUGAGCCGUCA